AUGAGAAAUGACAUUUCGCGUGGCACCAUCGAAGAUAUUGAUGCACUCCAUCGAAUUUACAUGCAUCCAACAGUGAACCCGUAUCUUAAUUUUGAAAUAAUGAAUAAAGAAGAUUUUCUACCCAUAUUUCAAGAAUUAAUCGACUCCGGCAAAUUAUACAUCUAUGAAAACACCGACGGAGCAGUACUCGCAACGUGUUUUGUCAGUCGACAGCCAAGACGUAUUUCACAUAUUGCGUACAUAUCAACACUCGCAACCAAUCCAAACUACCAACGGCAAGGAAUCGGAACCAAAUUCAUGCACGAAUUGAUAAACGAAAUACGAAAAGACAAAGAUGUCAAACGUAUUGAACUGUACGCUGAAGCUGAUAAUGAAAUUGCAUUGAAUUUUUAUAAAAAACUUGGUUUUCAAAUCGAAGGUUGUUUGAAAAAAUAUUUCAAACGUCCUUAUGAAAAUCAUUUUGUUGAUGAACUUGUAUUAGCGAUGAUUUUUGAAUGA